AAGAAGAAGAAAUCAAACUGGAGAUUAACAUGCUAAAGAAGUAUUCUCAUCACAGAAAUAUUGCAACCUAUUAUGGUGCUUUCAUUAAGAAGAGUCCUCCAGGACAUGAUGACCAACUGUGGCUUGUUAUGGAGUUUUGUGGAGCAGGCUCUAUCACCGACCUCGUGAAGAACACGAAGGGGAACACUCUGAAGGAAGACUGGAUAGCCUAUAUCUCCAGAGAGAUUCUCCGGGGCUUGGCGCAUCUUCACGCCCAUCACGUGAUUCACAGGGACAUCAAGGGGCAGAACGUGCUGCUGACGGAGAACGCAGAGGUGAAGCUCGUCGAUUUUGGUGUGAGCGCUCAGCUGGACAGGACAGUUGGCCGGAGAAACACUUUCAUUGGAACUCCAUACUGGAUGGCUCCCGAAGUUAUUGCCUGUGAUGAGAAUCCAGAUGCUACGUAUGAUUACAGAAGUGACCUUUGGUCGUGCGGCAUCACGGCCAUUGAGAUGGCAGAAGGAGCUCCCCCACUUUGUGACAUGCAUCCCAUGAGAGCGCUCUUUCUGAUACCCAGAAAUCCUCCCCCGCGGUUAAAAUCCAAGAAAUGGUCGAAAAAGUUCUUCAGCUUUAUAGAAGGUUGUCUAGUGAAGAAUUAUAUGCAGCGACCUUCUACGGAGCAGCUUCUGAAGCACCCGUUCAUACGUGACCAACCAAAUGAAAGGCAAGUCCGAAUCCAGCUCAAGGACCAUAUAGACAGGACCAGAAAGAAGAGAGGAGAGAAAGAUGAGACGGAGUAUGAAUACAGUGGAAGUGAGGAAGAGGAGGAGGAAGUGCCUGAACAAGAAGGAGAGCCGAGUUCCAUUGUCAAUGUGCCUGGAGAAUCAACCCUCCGACGCGAUUUCCUGCGGCUGCAGCAGGAAAACAAGGAGCGGUCGGAGGCGCUUCGGAGACAGCAGCUGCUGCAGGAGCAGCAGCUCCGCGAGCAGGAGGAGUACAAGAGGCAGCUGCUGGCGGAGCGGCAGAAGCGCAUCGAGCAGCAGAAGGAGCAGAGGAGACGGCUAGAAGAGCAACAAAGAAGAGAACGGGAAGCUCGAAGGCAACAAGAGCGUGAGCAAAGGCGGAGAGAACAGGAAGAGAAAAGACGUCUGGAAGAAAUGGAGAGGAGGCGUAAGGAAGAGGAAGAGAGAAGAAGAGCAGAGGAGGAAAAGAGGAGGGUAGAAAGGGAGCAGGAGUAUAUCAGGCGACAGCUAGAAGAGGAGCAGCGGCACUUGGAAAUUCUACAGCAGCAGCUGCUCCAGGAGCAGGCCAUGUUACUGGAAUACAGGUGGCGGGGGAUGGAGGAGCACCGGCAGCCAAAACCCCACUACGAGCCUGCUGAAAGAGCACGAGAGGUGGAGGAGAGAUUUAGAAAAACUAAUCAGGGCUCCCCUGAAGCACAGUCUAAGCAGAUGGGCAAAGUGUUGGAGCCACCAGUGCCUUCAAGAUCAGAGUCCUUUUCCAAUGGAAAUUCAGAACCUGCUCAGCCAGCCCUGCAGAGGCCAAUGGAACCCCAGGUACAGUGGUCCCAUCUGGCAUCUCUCAAGAACAAUGUUUCCCCUGUCUCGCGAUCCCAUUCCUUCAGUGACCCUUCUCCCAAAUUUGCUCAUCACCAUCUUCGUUCCCAGGACCCAUAUCCACCUUCACGCAGUGAAGUGCUAAGUCAGAGUUCUGACUCUAAGUCGGAGGUACCCGACCCCACCCAAAAGCCUUGGGCUAGAUCAGACAGUGACGAGGUGCCUCCAAGGGUGCCCGUGAGAACAACGUCCCGAUCUCCUGUCCUGUCCCGUCGUGAUUCUCCGCUGCAGGGCAGUGGGCAGCAAAAUAACCAAGCAGGUCAAAGAAACUCCACGAGCAAUAUAGAGCCUCGUCUGCUGUGGGAGAGGGUGGAGAAGCUCGUUCCGAGACCGGGCAGCGGCAGCUCUUCAGGUUCAAGCAACUCCGGCUCCCAGCCUGGCUCCCAUCCCGGCUCUCAGAGCGGAUCUGGAGAGCGCUUCCGGAUGAGAUCGUCAUCAAAAUCGGAGGGUUCGCCAUCGCAGCGCCAUGAGAACGCGGCCAAAAAGCCUGAAGAGAAAAAGGAAGUCUUCAGGCCUGUCAAGCCUGCUGGAGAAGUGGAUUUAACCGCCUUGGCGAAGGAAUUACGUGCGGUAGAAGAUGUGAGACCUCCCCAUAAGGUGACGGAUUAUUCAUCCUCCAGUGAAGAGUCAGGGACAACGGAUGAGGAAGAUGACGAUAUGGAACAGGAAGGAGCAGAUGAAUCUACUUCUGGACCUGAUGAUGUCCGAGCAGUGUCAACGUUGAACUUGAGCAACGGCGAAACUGAAUCAGUGAAAACCAUGAUUGUCCAUGAUGAUGUGGAGAGUGAACCAGCCUUGACUCCGUCUAAGGAGGGCACCUUAAUUGUCCGACAGAGUACAGUUGACAAAAAGCGCGCCAGCCAUCAUGAGAGCAAUGGCUUUGCCGGUCGCAUUCACCUCUUGCCAGAUCUCUUACAGCAAAGCCAUUCCUCCUCCACUUCCUCCACCUCCUCCUCCCCAUCCUCCAGCCAGCCGACACCCACCAUGUCCCCACAGACACCCCAGGACAAGCUCACUGCUCACGAGACUCAGUCCGCUAGUAACACACUCCAGAAACACAAAUCUUCCUCCUCCUUUACACCUUUUAUAGACCCCAGAUUACUACAGAUUUCUCCAUCUAGUGGGACAACUGUGACUUCUGUGGGAUUUUCUAGCGAAGCAAUGAGAUCAGAGGCAAUAAGGCAAGACCCCACGCGGAAGGGAUCAGUUGUCAAUGUGAAUCCUACAAACACACGACCACAGAGCGAUACCCCCGAGAUUCGCAAAUACAAGAAGAGAUUCAACUCGGAGAUUCUGUGCGCUGCCUUAUGGGGAGUGAACUUGCUAGUGGGCACUGAAAGUGGGCUGAUGCUGCUAGACAGAAGUGGUCAGGGGAAAGUUUAUCCGCUCAUCAAUCGAAGACGAUUCCAGCAAAUGGAUGUACUUGAAGGGCUGAAUGUCUUGGUGACAAUUUCUGGUAAGAAGAACAAGCUGCGAGUUUACUAUUUGUCCUGGUUAAGAAAUAAAAUCCUUCACAAUGAUCCUGAAGUGGAAAAGAAACAGGGUUGGACAACUGUGGGUGACUUGGAAGGCUGUGUGCACUAUAAAGUUGUAAAAUAUGAAAGAAUCAAAUUCUUGGUAAUUGCAUUGAAGAGUUCUGUGGAAGUCUAUGCAUGGGCACCAAAGCCAUACCACAAAUUUAUGGCCUUUAAGUCGUUUGGAGAACUGGUACAUAAGCCAUUGCUGGUGGAUCUCACUGUGGAGGAGGGUCAGAGGCUAAAAGUGAUCUAUGGCUCCUGCGCUGGCUUCCACGCUGUUGAUGUGGAUUCAGGAUCAGUCUAUGAUAUUUAUCUACCAACACAUAUCCAGAGUAGUAUCCAACCGCAUGCAAUCAUAAUCCUCCCGAACACGGAUGGAAUGGAGCUGUUGGUUUGUUAUGAGGAUGAAGGGGUUUACGUAAACACGUACGGAAGGAUCACGAAAGAUGUGGUUCUGCAGUGGGGAGAAAUGCCAACAUCCGUGGCGUACAUCCGAUCCAACCAGAUCAUGGGCUGGGGGGAGAAGGCGAUCGAAAUCCGAUCGGUGGAGACUGGGCACCUGGACGGCGUGUUCAUGCACAAACGGGCGCAAAGACUCAAGUUCCUGUGCGAGCGCAAUGACAAGGUUUUCUUCGCCUCCGUGCGGUCGGGCGGCAGCAGCCAAGUGUAUUUCAUGACCCUGGGCAGGACUUCUCUGCUGAGCUGGUAGAGUGCUGGGCUUGGGCAAGGAGAGGCUGACAUCCGGAGUCGGAGAUCUUCAUAACUCGGAAUUAUUUUCAACUGGAGUAGAGACCUGCACGGGGGCAGCACUCUGUGUCAAUGUGUGUGCAGGCGUCACUGGUGUUAGGUUUCUUUUUGUUUUUCAACUGAGGCUGCAAGGCAGCUGGUGCUGUAAAGAUAUUGCCGUCAGGUGCUACAAUGUCUUUGAGAUUUGGGAUCACACUAGAAAGCUACAGGUCUUUUUUUCCCUUCAGCUCCAGGAUUCCUAGGCUUUGAAGGACUCUGUUUGUUAGUGGUAAAACAGAGGGGAAAAAAAAAGAGGAGGAAAACAAAAAAACAGACUUACCAUGAGAUGCUGUUGAAUGGACGGGAGGCAGGCAAGAGAAGGUGACAAGUGGUAUUGAGAGUCAGACUUGCUGAAACAGAGGGCAGAUCUAGUCUAGUAAUGUUAACAAUGUAUUUAAUUGACAUUUCUUUUUUGUAAUGUGACAAUAUGUGGACAAAGAGGAAGGUGCAGGUUUUAAGAAGUUAAUAUUUAUAAAAUGUGAAAGACACAGUGACUAGGAUAACUUCUUCUUGGGGACAGGGAGGGUGGGAAGGGGCCGGGGUGGAAUUCUUGUUUUCUUUUUUUUUCGUUGUUUCUGCAGUUUUAUUUUGGCUUGGCCAAUAACUUUAGUCUUUUUUCUGUGUACCAGGUAUUGCCUGAAACAUGUGCAGAUGAUAAAAAAAAAAAAAGGAAAAAAA